AUGGCCCAAAGUCAACAAAAAUGUUAUGCUGAUAAGAGACGACAACCUUUGUCUUUUGAAGUGGGUGACCAUGUUUUCCUUAAGAUCUCACCUAGACAGGGUUUAAUGAGAUUCGGUAAGAGUGGUAAGUUGUCUCCGAGGUUCAUUGGGCCUUUCGAGAUAUUGGAGAGAAUCGGAGAAGUGGCAUAUCGGUUAGCCUUAUCGCCACAACUUUCAGGGGUUCACAACGUGUUUCAUGUGUCAAUGCUUAGGAAGUACGAACCUGACCCUUCUCAUAUACUAGAUUGGGUUGAUUUUGAGGUAGAUGAAUGUGCCUCUUACGAAGAGCGAUCGGUUCAAAUCUUAGAUACCCGAGAGCAAGUGCUAUGGGGCAAAACUAUACCGUUAGUAAAGGUGUUGUGGAGACACCACGGGGUUGAAGAAGCAACGUGGGAAAGGGAGGCGGAAGUUUGCUCCAAGUUUCCGGAUUUAUUUGAAAAUACUUAG